GUCACAGAUUGGGUCGCUUGUGAGUGUGGGCACGACAGAGGAUUCGAAGGAAGAAGCUGGUGCUUUGGAGGACCAGGAAGUGGCUGAACUAGAAGAGAAGUUGCCUGACCCAAUCCAAUCCCUCAAAGAGGAGGCUGUUGUCCGGAUAACCAAUUACCAUGUGCCUCAAGGAGCAGGGGAUAUAGUCAUGAUUCAGUCAGAUCACACUGGUGCUGUGGAUAUCCUUUCAGCUGAGCUAGAGACUGCAGACCUCCUUGGGGACCAGAGGAAAGCUCAGCCUCCCCCUCUGGCUCCACCCACGAUGUGGACCACUGAGAAGACAAAGGAAUUCAAAGCCAGGAUGGGAAAGGAGAAGAAUGGCCGGAUGGUGGUGAAACGAGGCGAGGUGGUGACAGUCCGCGUGCCAACCCAUCCUGAUGGGAAAUGCAUUUGCUGGGAGUUUGCUACAGAUGACUACGACAUUGGGUUUGGAGUCUAUUUUGACUGGACCACGGUUACUAGCACUGCCAUUACUGUUCAGGUCAGUGAAUCCAGUGAUGAGGAGGAUGAAGAGGAGGAGGAGGAAAUUGAAGGACUUGCCCCUGUUGGUGACGUGGAAAGGGGCUCCAAAAGCUAUCUGCGGAACCGCUACGGAGAGAUCAUGCCUGUAUAUCGGAGGAACAGCCAUCGGGAGGUGCAGGCAGGCAGCCAUGAGUACCCAGGCGAGGGCAUCUACCUGCUGAAAUUUGAUAACUCGUACUCUCUCCUCCGCAAUAAGACUCUGUUCUUUCAUGUCUAUUACACUAGCUGAAGAAACAGGCAGGGGCAGGGACGGCAGGCAGGUAAUGAUGAGUGUAGCAGGCUGCCACCCAGCCCUGGUACCACCUGAUGGGCACUGCUGUGUGACAGAACCAAGGCACAGUUCUGCCAGCUCCUCUUCAGACACUAACUAGUUUCUCCCCACACUCUCCUUCCCUGCUGUCCCAGUGGAGAAAGGUAGUUGUGACUGCCUGGUUGUCCACAGGCAGCUGCUCUUUCUAUAAAACUUUGAGAGGUCUGCUCCGCACAGGCAUCGGGCUGGGCCUUCGUGUCACGGCCAGUAAACGCCCAGAGGCCAGGUUCAGGCAGUCAUGGUUUCGAUCUGUUGCGCUGGUAUGAAAUGAAGUGAAAAUAUUCUUGAGCUGUUACUA